UAGUGCAUCAUCUGCCGUUUUGUCAGCACAAUUUCUGUUGUUUCGGUUUGUUUGCGUUGAAAAUCUUGUUUCUAAUCUGCUUGAAUCAUCGUUGUAAACAUACUUCUAUCGUCUCUUUGGUGUCGUGAGAGAAGUAGGGAGCGAUACCAUGGCGAAGGCAAUUUUUGAUGCAGUUUCAGUGUUGAUAUCAUAAAACACGCAACUCUUCCUGAAUUUCAUGGAUUCAUAGAACUGUUGUGAAAGUACGUGUUAGUGUGCAUGUGAUUGUGGUAACAAGCAGCAUUCAUGGAGGCCGUCAGUGUUCACCUGGGCGGCAGUGCGCCCAUUCAUGCUAUUGCGACGAAGCAAGGAAUCAUGUUCUCAAUGAGCCAAGUUGCAGUGGAGGUAUUCAAUGAGAAUCCAGCAGCGUUUGGCAAGGAAUUGCGAAGGCAGAGAUACCCACGAGUUCGCACUAUUGACACUGUGACUCUAAUGCGGUUGGCACAACUGGGCAUUCCACCUGAAUCUGCAAAUGUAGUAGGAGCCACAUUAUUGCCGCCGAAUUCGCUACUGCGCAUCCUUGACGAUAGACGCCGGAUGGAUUUGAUUCCUAAAGUGCAAGCUGCUAUGUUGAAGAUGAUCACCAAAACGGUGACGGAUCUGAUUACCAGGGGCCACUACGAAGAGGCAUUGCCUUUUGCAAUGGAUGCAGUUGCCAAGGGACAGACCCUGUAUUGGCCAAGAGAACCACUCAGAAUGGUUCCAUUGUACCUUCUUGCAGUCAAGGUCAAUCUGGGGUUGUGUAGGCCAACGCAAGCUCAAGAUCUGCUGGGUGUGGGAGCUUGGCUCCUUCUACAGGAUAAAUCCGAUGGACCUAAAGAUGAAUUACGAAGCGAGAUAAGUCAAUUGUUUGGAAAGCUCUCCGUGCUUAAUAAUCUUCCGGAUGCAUCACUGAAGGCAUUUGCAGAGGAGGUUUAUUACAAGUCAAAAGAAUAUGGAGUCUACGACGUUCGCACGAGUAUUGCCUUCUACAACUUAUCGAAGGUCUUUUACAGUAUGAAUCAAAUAGACCAUGCGUUGGCCUUUUGGGAUGUUGUAAUGCGCUCAUGGAGAACGGCGCUUGAGGAGGUGGUACUGAAUAUUAUACCUUCGAAGGAGCUGCCAUGGGGAACGAAAGAAUUUGAGGGAAAAAACCCUGAACGACUGGAUCCCAAGCUGGUGAUUGCCACGGUGGAAUUUCCCAUAGUGUUUCAUGUGCUACAGGAUAUAUGCAGAUUAAGGAGUGAAAAGCUCGGUAAAGAUAAUUUAGCUGUUGGAGAAGCUUGCUACGUGUGUGGCUUGGCUUUCAGUCACGCCAAUUAUAAGAUAGCGGCCUUGGAGCACUUGCAGAAGGCACAAGAGAUACUUACGCAACCAAAUUCCAUGAAUCUCUACGACUCCAUCAUUCAAGCUAUAGAGCUCCUACUCGCACCUCCUCUGCAACCACCGUAGAACUGCCCACUUUCGCCAUGAAACAGGAUGUACAAGAUCCUUGCUUUUUAAGUCUGUCUUAAAAAUUUCAGAUUGACAUCACGAAUAUUCAGUGCCAAACAAAUGUUUCUUACAAUUCAUUCUAUGUACAUUCCUUUACGCUUUACCUGUCUCCGGGUAUUUAAUUGAAUAGAAUACGUCUAUCAACCGAUGAAGAACCUGAGCAUACAGAUACAGCACAACAAAGCCAGUCGGUCCACCUUCAAUCUAAUACCAACUGUUUGCGUUCUACAUUCAUAACUGCAAGUGACAAAUUGAUUGUGGACUUCAGGAGCACAACAUACAGAAUGUUUUCUCAACUCUCACACAAUUUCCACACCUCGCAUGCACAUUCAUGAGUGCAGUGUAGGUGUAGAGACUGGGAGGGCAUUCCGCUUAGCACAUGCUUUCGACAUGAAGCACUGAGGGAGGUUUCUGUAGGUUCACAGGAAAACUUCGUCAUAAUAUGAAAAGCUUUUCCCACUAGUGUGAACCACCUGAUCUCCUCGUAAGCGUCUUUAGCAUGUUAAAAACAAACCGCAUCUAGCCUAAACAUUGAUCCCUGCGGGAUCCAUUAAAAAAUCUAGACAUAUGCCAAGACCUAAAAUAAAAAGUAGCACGGCUCGAAACAGCUUCCGCGCGGCAAUCCCUGGUAACUCUUUCAAACACAAAAGGAAGAAAACUUUGAAUGAGUUGAUUCUCCCACCUCACCUGACACAAAAGUGCGAAGGUUGCGUAACGAGCUUGUCUUCUUGCUGCACUUGACGUUAACGUUGCCGCAUUUCGGUAAUUGUCUUAACCAGAUCAUCCCUAGGAACUGAUACAGCGGGGAAAAGCGUCGAGAAUAAUCCACUUAUUCCAAGCAUACUCGUGUGUCGCAAAACUCCGCAUUAAGGGUGCAGCAAUGGGACUCAGAACAGGAGGUUCUUGUGAACUACCUUCUGUGAGUCCAGCCUUGUCCUUUAAGGAAAAUUAUUCCUUAAGUCGCCAAUUAGCAUUCUCAGAUUAAACUGUGUAGGUGCAAUUCAUCUUCACUCGAUCUGACAGCAGAUUUCAUGUCCUGUAGGAUUCAAAAAAGUUAUGUUCCUGGCAAAGAUAUUCUAUAUCGAGUGCUCCUUCACAAAUUGAAGAAGAUAGCAGAAGUUCAGCCGUCGAAGUCAUGGUUGCUCGUUACCAUGACACCGAAAAGAGC